AUGUACAAACCUAUUUGGGUAGAAAAUUGCACUGUAGUAAUCACGGAAUCUUUAGUUUGGCGGCGUGGUACAAAAUUUAACGCUAAUUACCAAUGGGAUAUUGGAGGAUAUGAUGAUCUAUAUGGUUGUCCAGUUGUGAUUGGCACUUUAAAACUUCCGCCGACGAUGGUGAUCGAGGAAAAUGAGGAAGGGUUGCCAGUCAUAGUGGGCGGAACUGAGGGAAAUUUGUUGCUAAUUAUAGCCGAAAAACUGAACUUCAGCAUAAUUUUGACAUUUCCACCAGAUGAUGACGAACUAAAAAACUAUUCUCAAAAAGCAGAAAUAGUUAACCAAGUUGCUUCUCGAGAUAUCGAUAUAGGUAUUGUUCGGUUAGGUCUAAAUAAUAAAAUUCAAAACACAUAUUCACCAUCGUAUGUCUACGAUACCGAAUGUCUGACAUGGGGAGUACCAAUUACUUAUGAAGGCUUCUUAAAUAUACUGUGGGUGGAAUUUGAUUGGAAAGUUUGGAUCCUUAUUGCAUCGGUAUUGGUUAUAACUGCAGUGAUUACAUUCUUCUCCCAUCACAAAAUAAGUUCAUCAAUAAAGGAUAACCGUAAAAAAGUGGAAUUUACGGUGUUGCUUCUCGACUUGAUAUCAUUAAAUUUGGGAGGCAACGUGAUUUAUUUACCAACAUCUAAAGGAGGAAGAUGGCUAUUAUUGAUAGGCUUAUUUUACGCACUUAUAAUAACAACGGCGUACAGGAGUUCAUUAGGUUCUAUUUUAACGGCUGUAAAAACUUUCCCGACAGUUAACGAUAUGGAAGGCAUUGUUAAGUCGAAUUUGAGCGCUCGUGGUUCGUGGUACAAUUUUAAAAUUUUGCAAGCUCAAGCUGAGGAAAACGAUUUGGCAUUAAAACUGGUAGAAAAGUACGUGAUCUAUAAUAAUGCUUCUGAAGCGAUAUCAAAGUUACAUUCCGAACACAACUUUGCUUAUCUUUCACGAAGUUCUAACUUGUAUUACGAAAAACGUAGGAUUCUGAAAGCUGGUUAUACUGUAAAUUUCAACAUCCUUCAGGAGUGUGUUUUAAAUUAUCAAGUCGUGAUGAUUCUGAGAAAGGAUCACUACCUUCUAAGACCGAUAAAUCGGGCUAUACUUUAUUUGCAACAAUCCGGUAUCAUGGAUUACUGGCGAACUGAGUUUAACAAAGAGAAAAUCGACAGAGAAGAUGCUGAUAGAAUUUCAAAGAUAAAAAUACUGACUCAAAGAUUUUACUCGUUAUUUUAUGUCUACUGUUAUGCUCUCAUCUUAUGUUCACUUGUAUUUCUCGCGGAAUUAUUUUCCCUCAAAUUUCGACCUAAGAAUCGACGUCAGCGUGCCGUUCUGGUUCGAUGUAAUCAAUAA